CUUCGGAUGUUAGAAGCACAAGAAAACAUCGCACUGUGAGGCAAGCAAAAGGAAACCAGGUGUUUCAAGUGAGAAGCAUACUCGCUAGUAAGCAGCGAGGCGAUCGACUCAUCCACCCAUUCACUUCCAAAACUUGAUCAUCGCAGUGCUUCGUCGGCGAAAGCCCUGAAAACGUUAUCAAUUACCACGAAAAGCCGCAAAUUAAGGGCACCAGGCGCAAAAAUCUCUCUUCUCCAGCUUCCAUGUGUGAAAUUACGGCGAUAAAUACGGUAUAUGCACAGUCCAUGGGAUCUCUUAACUACAAUUCAAGUAUUGCGAAAGAAGCAACCAGCGAUGGACCUGCGGAGCCGAAAACACUAACAGCGACUCAAGAAGAAGAAAGUGAAGAAAACGUGGCAAGCGGCAAAAAGAAGAGGGGACAGAGUGUUAAAAAAUCCCGCUCUAAGCUCAAAAAGGUAUUGUCUUGGCGUCAGUCAAACAGAUCACGUCGAUUGAUUGCGAAUGCAAGAGAGCGCUCUAGAAUUCAUAUUAUGAGUGAGGCUUUCGAAGGAUUGAGGCGAGCUGUGCCCAGCUAUUCAAGUGAUCAGAAGCUUUCCAAGCUCGCAAUAUUGAGGUUGGCAACGAGCUAUAUCUCGGCAUUGUCUUAUUUGGCAGAGAACGAUACAUCUACGAAAUCACUUAAACAUUUUGCCGAGUGCGUUGAUAAAUGUACUCAAGCAUUGCAAACGGAAGGCCGAACAAGACGAAAAGAGGCGAAAAAGACAGUCAAUGAAGACAUAAUUACAGACUGACGUGGGCAACCAAAAAAUACAUAAAUAAUCAUAAUUCGGUCCAAGUUUCAUCAACCCCCCCCGCGGUGACAGUCAAAAGAAAACAAAAGAAAAGUGAAACAAGAGUUUUAAAUUAAAUCAUUAUAACAAGUCAAAACCAAUGAAUUAUCUUAGUCCGUAUCAAUAGCUUACUUGCAAAAAAGGAAAAAAAGCAAAUUAUAUUUAUUUUAUCUGUAAAUAUUCAAGUUACAUAAAGCGGAUUUCUGUAAGAUCGAACAAGU